AUGAAUCCGGAUGAUCCCCAUUUCCUCCUUGCAACCUUGCCUGGCCAAGGUCACUUAAACCCUACUUUUCGACUAGCAAAGCGCCUGAUACAGGCCGGUGCACGAGUCACUUUUGCUACCACCAUUAAUGGCCAACGGAGAAUCAAAAGUUUCCCUUCUCUCGAGGGCUUAGCCUAUGCCUCUUUUUCUGGCGGAUUCGAUGAUGGUACUCCUCCGUCUGACAGACAGGAGGGUGUUAUGUCCAGACGCGAGCUUAUUUGGUCACAAGCUCUAACCGACCUGCUACUGAGCUUGUCUAGUGAAGGGCAUCCGGUAAAUUUCUUGAUAUACUGUCCCAUGCUGUCUUGGGUUGCUGAUGUGGCUCAUGCCAUGUCCAUACCUUCUGCUUUCUUCUAUAUCCAGUCUGCGGCUUCGUUUGCUAUCUACCACUAUUACCUCAAAAGCCAAACUGAAGAAUAUGCAAUCAAAGCCCUUGCUCAUGAUUCCAACAUAAACUUGAUCACCAUCGGACCCUUGGUUCCAUCAGACAAAUUCAAUGGCUGUGAGUUGUUUGAGAACGCUAGUCAUGACUAUUAUAUCAAUUGGUUGAAUUCCAAGCCAGAUUGUUCAGUUGUUUACAUUUCCUUCGGUAGCGUGGCAGUACUACCCAGGAAUCAAAUGGAAGAAAUUUUUAAUGGAAUGGUCGAAAGUGGCUACACAUUCUUAUGGGUAAUCCGACCAUCAGAAGAUGUAGAAGAAGAAGAAGGAUUCGAGAAUGCGAUAAAAGAUAAGAUACAGGAAGAACAAGGGCUGAUCGUUCCAUGGUGUUCACAAGUUGAAGUGUUGAAUCACAGGGCGGUAGGUUGUUUUGUGACGCAUUGCGGGUGGAACUCCACUCUGGAGGGCUUGGUUGCAGGCGUGCCAAUGAUUGCAUUGCCUCAGUUUGCAGAUCAGAUGACGAACGCAAAGCUGGUAGACGAGGUAUGGGAAACUGGUGUUCGAGUGAAAGUAAAUGAAGGUACUGCAGUUGCAGAGAAGGAAGAGAUCAGAAGGUGCUUGGAGAUGGUAAUGGGAAAUGGACAGAAAGGGGAAGAACUGAUAAGGCAUGUUAAGAAGUGGAGAGGAUUGGCUCUUGAGGCGACGAAUCAAGGCGGUUCCUCAGCCAACAAUUUCAAGGUUUUCAUGGAAAGCUUUGUCAAGUGA